GUGUAAUUUAUAAAAUAAUUUAGAUUGAAACUUUUAGUUAUACAACUCUCAUAUCGCAAUUUAUGAAGUGUUAAAAGUGUAACAUUGGUGGCCAUUACAAAACCUAAACUUUUUUAUCAGAACAAAUGUCCAUUUGAUGUUUCGGCGACGUUGUGACUAAUCCCACGGAAAGCUAACUAAAAAUCGCGAAUUGUGCAUCUAUUUACUACAUUUAAGAUUCUCACAGUGCUCUGAACUCCAGUUUUGAGAAUCCUUGUUGUAAAUUAUUUCAAAACGUUUUGUGCCGACCGACAAUUAUUGGGGUUGACUUCUCACAAGGAACUGUCAAUUGUUACAUUUUUUCGAUACAUUCAUUUCUUUCAUCAAUAAAUAUUAAUUAGCCCCACACACUCAAGUUAAAAGGUAGAAGAUUGGCUGACUGCGUGGUGAUUUUGUGUAACAAAAAUGAUUUUGAGAUAAAUUGUAUAAUAGUGCAGUGGUAAUAGUAUCGCAGUGAAGAAAAAAAUAGCAAUAAUAUUUUAAUAAAAGUGACAAAAGUGUUGUGUUGGAUUGUGUUAUGGCGACGCGUCGCUGGUUGGAGUCGCGGAGGCUGUGGUGACAUGGGCUGCGCUGCGGCCCCGACAGACGCUGGACACAGGGAGUGAGCUGAGUGCUGGGCAUUGCGCCUGCACAACAAGUCUUGUAUUAUGAAUAAGCGAGAUAAUAGCAAGGAGAAAGAACGACAGAGUGACGACAAAAGAACAUCCGCAACCGGUGCGGUGGGCGGGCGUGGCGUGGGCGGCAGCAGCGCGAUGCAUACGUCGAGGCAUUCUGUCACCUCGUCUUCGGGCGUUCUUAUGGUGGGGCCUAACUUCCGCGUCGGCAAGAAGAUCGGCUGCGGUAACUUCGGCGAACUUAGGCUCGGAAAAAAUCUCUACAACAAUGAACAUGUAGCGAUUAAGAUGGAGCCUAUGAAGUCAAAGGCUCCACAAUUGCAUCUAGAAUACCGAUUUUACAAGUUAUUAGGCACGCAUGCGCCGUCGACAGCGGAGGGCAUACCGGAGGUGUAUUACUUCGGCCCUUGCGGUAAAUACAACGCACUCGUGAUGGAACUAUUGGGGCCUUCGCUGGAGGAUCUGUUCGAUCUGUGCGGCCGUCGAUUCUCUCUAAAGACUGUAUUAAUGAUCGCUAUGCAGUUGUUACAUCGUAUCGAGUAUGUCCAUACGAGACACUUAAUAUACCGAGAUGUAAAGCCGGAAAAUUUUUUAAUAGGUAGAACUGCAACUAAACGGGAAAAAAUCAUUCACAUCAUUGAUUUUGGUUUGGCCAAAGAAUAUAUAGACUUAGAGACAAACAAACAUAUUCCAUAUCGGGAACACAAGUCACUCACUGGGACUGCAAGAUACAUGUCAAUAAACACACAUUUAGGAAAAGAACAAUCUAGACGCGACGACCUAGAGGCGCUUGGGCAUAUGUUUAUGUAUUUUUUACGUGGUUCCUUACCUUGGCAGGGUUUAAAAGCUGAUACACUUAAAGAGCGAUACCAAAAAAUUGGUGACACCAAACGAGCGACGCCUAUAGAGGUGCUAUGCGAAGGCCACCCCGAAGAGUUAGCGACGUACCUACGCUACGUUCGCCGGCUCGACUUCUUCGAGACGCCCGACUAUGACCAGCUGCGGCGGAUGUUCCGCGAUCUGUUCGAACGCCGCGGGUACGUCGACGACGGCGAAUUCGACUGGACCGGCAAGACCAUGUCUACUCCUGUGGGUUCGAUCCAGACUGGGCACGAGAUUGUUGUGUCACCCAAUCGGGACAGCCAUCAGCCCUUUCACAAGGAUGAUUUGUGUGAUUAUAUGAUUGGUUUGGUUGAGGACGAUGAGGCAGCGCUUAUAUCCGGAGAGAUGGCAGCGUUGGCGAAGACGAAGGAUUUCGGCACGGGUGGCACUGCGAACACAGGCGGCAACUGGCCGCACAGUGGGAAGGCAACUCCUCUCAACACUGGCCAUCUCACGCCCGCUGAUCGCCAUGGAUCUGUGCAGGUGGUGAGUUCAACGAACGGCGAGCUAGGCGCAGACGACCCGACGGCCGGCCACAGCAACACGCCGAUCACUCAGCCGCACCACGAAGUCGACGUGGUAGACGACACCAAGUCAGUGUUCCAACUGCAAUCUGUGUAUUCCAGAUGCUGUUGUUUCUUCAAGCGCAAAAAGAAGAAGUGCGCGGCGCGGGCCGGCAAGUGACGCGGCUCGUGACGUCACGCGCCCAGUUGCUCCGCCCGUACUUACAGCGACGCUCUCACACCCGCAUUCAUCUCACGACCGAUUACAUUGAUGCCAUGCAACUGACGUUCGAUUACAAAACCUCUAUACGCUUACUCAGAAUGCCUAAAUACAGCCAGCGUACGCUAGGCGUAUUUGUUUAACGCGGUAAGUAACGCUAGAUUAAGAUAAGUUACUCAGCGGAAAUUCUCUGUAAUAAAGGCCACAGCCUGUGUUGAGAUUCGUGUUAUUGAAGGUCCAAGUUAUAGUGACGAUGCAAUAGAGCGAUUUAAUAAUCUAGACAUUUUUGGUGAUUGACAUAUUUUUGUUAUAUAGUGUAAUUGUUAACAGAAGUCUAAGGCAAUAAAAAGAGAGAUAGUUGAUGCGUUGUUAUUAGUUGUAAAAGUUAAUAUAUGAUUGCAUCGCACUAUAAUUUUGACGAAAUAUAUUGAGCAACUGGGUUUAAAUGUAUGAAAACAUAUUGCCGAUUUAUUUUAACAAUCAUUUAUGCUACCCCGAUCCUCGAUUUAUCAGAAUUUUUAUUCAAUAUAAUUUUAGAUUUUGUAAUUUUGAGUAAUCCAUAAUGCUAACUCAUUAUACGAAGCUAUCAUAAGUUUUAGUUUCAUUUUGACCUUCCGCGUAACAAAGGUGCAUAAAAAUGAAUUGAGUGGUUGGCAAUCAUAUUAUAUUUCAGAAUAUACUACUAUACAAAACGUUAUACCCGUAUGUACCAGUUAUAUACCUUUAUUACGUUAAUUGUUAAUAUAUAGAGAACACUUCCAUUGCGAUACUCGGAUGCAUUGAAUAACAAACAUUACAAUUUUCUGUUGUCACUACUAUUGACAUUGUAUAAGAGAUAGUACUCGUCAACAGAGUUGCUACACGCGGUCAUAGGACAUUACUAGGAAAUGUUAGGUUACGUUAGUCACUCUGAAACUUAGAUAAAUCGCAUUCACUCAGAAUGUCCUCUGUGCAGGCUAUAGAGUUGGGGCGUUCUGUUGAGCUGUCGCUGAACUUUCAUGUUGUAUUCGUUUGUAGUUUCCAACCGAGACUACCGAGCGCCUUUCCGACAGGUUGUCAAACUGAUGUCAAUUGAAUAGUUGUUGCUUCUGGGCAAUACCGCGGAUCAUCUAAUUACCACUGCAAUAACAUUAGGCUCCAAGUUGAUACAGUUGAACGGGCGUUUAAUAUUAGCAAUAAAUAAGUUUGAAUUAUAAGCCAUGUGCGGUUGGCAGAAUGUUUAUUUUUGUGUUCCCGUCCGUAGUGAAUUACGUUAAUUUCACCAAAACUUGUAAAUUGUAUGUAGUCUCUGUGGAGACGUGAGAUUUAUUUUACCUCAUCGACAUCACUCGCAUUAUAUUCACGGCCACGCUCGCAUCGACGAUGUCCAUUCCAGCACAUAGUUCGAACAAAUCCACAGAUUUGUACAUUAGGUCGUUCGCUCAUAAUUCAUCAACACCCGUAGUGUAACAAAUACUUACCGAGUAGUUGUAUAUCGCUUUGUUCCGUUAUUACUGAAGCAGUCAAAUAUUAUUUUUGUACGUUUGCGUUCAUCACUAUUGUGGUUGUCUUGAUACAUGAGUAGUGGAUAAACAGCAGAUAUUGUGACUUUAUAAUAAGUUUGUGUGUUGAUGAGUUUCGUGUUUCGUCCGCUGUGGGUUGAAUGUUGCACACUCUCGCCGCGGUCCGGUUGUGAUUAUUUGACUUGUCAUCGAUAGUGUGUAUUGAUGAAGUAUCCGCGUUACUGUUCGCAGUGGUACGUGCAAGGAACCGGUUGCUAGUGUUUACUCGUUCUUCGAUACAAUAAUUUCUUCCUAGUUUUAAUUUAUCUGUCGCCACGGCUUGCAGUGGCACCUCGUCCGUGCGAAGGCCUGAGUGGGGUUCAUUCAACCUGCCGCUUGUAUGAGUACUUUAGAUUAUAACUUUAUUUAGUCAUUGUUUACCUAAGUUCGAUUUGUAUGGAAACGAAUAUAAUAAUAUUUAAAUUGGCUCCGUUCCUAUAGUGACGCCACAUAAUUUCCUAUCUUUAUUUAUAUCUAUUAUUAUAGUUUUUUAAGAGAUAACCAGAAAUUUAUUAAAAUAAGAGAUACAAUGUAAGUAACGAUUUACUUUUUCAAUACAUGCUUUUGUGACAAACAUGACCAUAUUGACGAUUGGUUAAUUCGAUAAAUGUUAUUAUUAAGUGUGCAAUAAUUUAUAUAGAAAAUCAAUACAAUAGUGUUAAAACGUAAUUUGUUUCAAUCGGUGUACCCCAUCGAGUCCCGAGUGAACUGGCUUCUAUAUUCCUACAAGACUGAAUGAAACAUUUCACCUUGUGUACAAAACACGUGGCUCUGGGCUCAUGUCAAUUUGUAUUAUUGCGAUUCACAUUUGUUUGUUAGUCUAACGAUGGAAGUAUAUCAUUUUUGAUUAGGACUAAUUGAUACUUAUAUUGAAUAGUCAGUGAGUGGUGACGACGCUGUAGCCGCGGUCGGCCGCGAGACAGUCAUUCCAAAGUAUUGGUCAGUUCGGUGCAGUGAGGUAUGUUAGUCAUUUGUUGUAGUGCAUACGUGUAGCGGCGGCCGAGGCUGCAGCCCGCGAUACUUCACUGGGCAGACAUUAUGUUAGGAGUCGAGUGCGACGAGACUGAGGUCAUGGUAGCGCGGCCUGACCGCCGACUGCCUGCGACAUGCCACUUGUUACAUAUAUACGAUGUCUCCGAAACGAGAUCAUGUGGCCACACGACUAGGGCGGUCGCUAAGAUGAUGGUGUAAAAAUUGUACAGCUUUAAAAAAAAACAUUUGUAUAUUUUUGCUUGGACUGGAAGCAGCAAGGUUUCGACAAGCGUGAUUUGCAUAGGAGUAAGAUAUUUGUAGAUGUCACUGUGAGCAGCGCAGCGCCGUGACGGUAUACCGAAUUGUUUUCAUGUAAUCGUAUGCUCUGAUAUAUACUACUAUAGGUACAUAGUUUAUACCAAAACGUAAGUCGCGACGUUGCGCUGGCAGCACUGGUACGUCGUAAGGUAUUUUGAAUUAGUCACGGAUAUGUAGUCAUCACAAAAUUGUAUCCAAUGCAUUAGAAGUUAUUCAUUUGGCUAAGUACGUUUGAAGUGUUUUAUAACAUAAAAAAAAUAAAUAAACAUCUUGUUGUGUCGUUUUCAUAUUUUUUAGAAAAGUAUAGUUAUGCGAAUAUUGUCGAUAUGUAAAAGGAAUUUUUUAAAUCAAUUCUUUAAAUAAUGGUUUUUGAUAAAUUAUUGUAAACAAAUUGAAGUAUUCUUCUCGUUAAAUGGAUCGUUAAUACUUAUCGUACAACCAUUGCAGUAUAAUCGAGUGUAAUAAACCUAAGUCUUAAUACAUGAUUAAUACCAUAAUUGUACCUAAUUGUUACUUUCUAUUUGCUAGAUAGAAUAAUCAAAUUAGAUUGGGUAUUAAAAUCGAAGUGAAAUUGUGUGAUCUGCAGGGGUGAACGAACGAGUUCUUCGUGUGUGUAAAGUGAAUGUUAUAACAAAGUAAAUUGUUAAAUAAAGUGAGUUAGGUCGGACGAGUGGCCAGCGUGAGUCGGAUGCCGCGUAUCAUGUCGGGAGCAUUGUAAAUUAUCACUAUUGUAUGGUACGCCGAGGUCAUCUGUGAACUGUCGCUGAUUGCUUCAACAUUCACUACUACUAUCGUGACUAAAAUGUAUUCGAAAAUAAUAAAUAACUACGUUGUAAUGCACAUUUAUUUUUAUUUUAUUGCAUACUUCGACUUAAAUUUCUGCUAUGUAUAAAAUAAACAUAACAUGAUUAUUUAUUAUGAAGGCUGCACCAAAACGUAGAGAUGCGAGUCGCGACCGUGCUGCGCUCGCAUCGCCCUUCAGCUCGCGUCGAUAAUCACUUGUGUAGUUAAUUUAAUUUUAAAAUUCGCUUACUAAGUAAGUCAUGUUCAGUCGGCUUGUGGACGCACGAGGAAGAUAUAUGAAUUGUAGUUAUUAACUUUUAUGUAUUAUACAUGCUUUUCCAACAGAAUUGAAUGUAAAAGUAAGUAUAAAAGAAUAAAAAUCAUAUUCAUAGAAACAAUUCUGUGUUUAUUUUUCUGUAAGAUGGUAAAUAUGGGAUAUGUAUUCAGUUAUGUCACAAACCUUGUUCGAAAUUACGAAAAUAUUUGUUAAUUCAUAAUUAAAUAAAGCUUAUUAUAAGAUA